GGAGGGAGGACGUGCGCGCCCGGCUGUCCCACUCCUCGCACGUAACAUAAGACCUCCUUCACGUGACCUGUGACCGUGCCUGUGAUACCUGGGGCGGGGAAGGGAGGGGGUGUGUGGUCCAACAUCGACCGGAACGCAGGUACACCCCUCCCCUCCCCCAAUUCCCUCCAUACCACACCCCACAGUUAAGGAAGAGAGGGUAGUGGUGGUUCGAGGGGAAAAGUUAGGUGUAUAUACAUGUUUAUUUCUCAGCUUUACACACGAGGGGCUUCUGAGUAAUGUCAUGUGCGUGUGUGUGCGUGUCGCGCGUGUGUCCGUCUAUGUUAAGUGAUGGAAUUUGUACCUUUUUUUUCUUUACGAUUUUUUUUACUUCUUUUCGUUACAGUGCCGUGAAAAAAUCCUUCAGUCGAACACAUUAAAAAAGAAACUAGACGACAAUGGAAACUACAUAGCCAAGUGGCACCAUAAUAAUAAUAAUAAUAAUAAUAAUAAUAAUAAUAAUAAUAAUAAUAAUAAUAACAAUAAAGCAAAGUGAAGCACAAAUAUUUCCCAGCCAACUUUUCCUUCACCGUGAUUUAGUUAUCAGACGCAAGAAGCCGGAAGCAGGGAGGGAGGCGGCAGACCUUACCAACCCAGCCCAGGCCCUUCCUUCACCAUGGAGGGGCCGCGGGGACUCCUGCUGCUACUAUUACUUCUGGUCGCCCUCACUCUCACUCUCUCCCAGAUCCCUCAAGACCCAGGCCAGGUGCUGCAGGUAGUGGUGGUGGAGGGGGGGCGCGCGCUUCUACCCUGUGACGUGACAGCCCCCCGCCCCGGUGACAGCCCCAUCCUUGUGUUGCUGUACAAUGGAGUUACUGGCAUGCCCAUAUACAGUAUCGACGCACGAAAGGGACCCACCGCCCUCACCGCCCACUGGUCAGGUCUCGGAGAGCGCGCCCACUUUGACCUGACCUCGCGUCCUCCCGGCCUUGUCCUGCAGGGUGUUAGGGAAGGGGAUGCAGGACUCUAUCGUUGCAGGGUGGACUUCGCCGCUUCCCCCACCAGAAACCUCGCCGUCACCCUCUCUGUUGUGGUGCCCCCGGAGAGCGUAGUAAUUGAAGGGCGUGAGGGCCUGGAAGUAUCAGGGGUCAUCGGCCCUUAUCAUCUUGGGGAAGCUCUCACUCUCACCUGCCACGCGUCCAAAGGUCAACCGCGUCCUCGGGUCACGUGGUGGCACUCAGGAUCACUCCUGGACGAUUUGGUGGAGGAGGUCAAGGGUCAGGUCACUAGCAACACCCUGACUUUACCUGAUCUAAGCCGCCAGCACCUCCAUCGUAUUCUCAUUUGCCGCGCCGCCUCCUCGAACCUGACCCAGCCUACCAUCGCUUCAGUCACGCUGGAUAUGACCUUUCCACCGCUCGAGGUCAAGAUAGAAGGAAACUUGACGGGGCUGCAAGAGGGUGGUCUGCACACACUAUCCUGCCAAGCCACAGGGUCACGCCCCCCUGCCAACCUGACCUGGUGGCUGAAUGGUGACCUCGUGACCUCCAGCAGCACACAGGUGCUUCAGGAAGGCAACGUGAGCAAGUCCACGUACACUUUCUCCCCGGGCCGCACGCAGGAUGGAGCUCACGUCACCUGCAGGGCGGAGAACCCAGUCCUAAGGGCGUCCGGGGCGGUGGAGGACACAAGGAGGCUAGGAGUAUACUUCUCCCCACGCCUGGACCUCCGUGUGGGGCGACGCCUGCAGCUGGACAACAUAAAGGCGGGCGAGGACGUGUACUUCGAGUGUGUCAUUCAGGCAAACCCGAGACCACACCGCGUCAGAUGGUUCCUUGAGGGCAGGGAGCUGCAUCACAAUGUGGGUGCGGGCGUGAUCCAGAGCAAUCAGUCCCUUGUGCUGCAGGGCGUGACACGCGCCUCCACCGGGAACUACACCUGCAGCGCUACCAACACCCAGGGCACGGCCUCUUCUCCGCCCCUGCAUCUAGCUGUUAAAUUCGCCCCGGUGUGCUCUUCGGGGCAGAAGUGGGUGUACGGGGCCACGCUCAGCCAGGCUGUCAAUGUGUCGUGCCGCGUGGAGGCCUUCCCAUCCCCCGCCUCCUUCAAGUGGGUGUUCAACACCUCCACAGAGUUCACUGAGCUGAGCGAGGAGCUGAUCACCUCGCAGGGCGGCGAGAGCGUGGUGGCCUACACGCCCCUCACCCACCACGACUUCGGCUCGCUGUUGUGCUGGGCCUCCAACCAGGUGGCGGUGCAGGCACACCCCUGCGUUUUCCACGUCGUUCCUGCUACCGUGCCGGAACCGGUGGACAACUGCAGCGCGUGGGAAGGUGCGGGGGCCGCUGGGCGAGUGGUGGUGGCCUGUCAGCCUGGCUGGAGCGGUGGCCUAGACCAGACCUUCACCUUGGAGGUGCGGGAGGCGCCACGGUCCGGGGAUGUGGGCCCGGAUGAUACGGACACCAACGCUGCGGGAGGCAGGCUGUUGGCAGCGCUGCGGGACCAGGCUGAGCCGCACUUCACGGUGACAGGACUCCGGCCGGGGCGAGAGUACCGUUUGGCCGUGGUAGCUGCUAACUCCGAGGGCGCUGCGCAGCCCACGGUGUUGGUCCACCUCACGCCUAUCGAUGUAGCAGAGAAACGAACAAGCCCAGUGGUCGCAGAGGCGUGGCCACCCGACCACUUGGCCAUGCUCACGCCCGUGUUGGGAGCGGUGGCGGGGGCUAUGACCUCCCUAUUGGCCUGCUCCCUUCUAUUGCUGCUGCUGGCCCGCUUCCGCGCAGCCACGCGCACUCACGCACAUACAAGCAUCCUAUACAUGGAUCCAGCGGCGGAGGGCGGCUUCACACAGGAGCAACAACAACAACAGCAACAACAACAACAGCAGCCUGAAGCGAAGGCUGAUGGCCGUAGAGUGCGGCCCGACGUGACUCUCGUGCGGGGCCAAGGAAGAGACGAGGCCUUGAUCGUACAGGAGAGGAAGACGAAAGAGGAGGAGAAAGAAGAAGAAAAAGAAGAAGGAGGAGGAAGAGGAGGAAGAGGAGGAGGAAGAGGAAGUAAAGAAGGGGGAGAAGGAGAAAGGGAGCCAAACAAACACUCUCCCCACCUCAACUCUGACUUGUUAAAGCAGGAACAGCAGCAACAACAGCAACAACCCUCGGCGGCAGCUGCUGACCCGCCUCCCCAGCAAGACUGCCUCAUGUCCACGGAAAAGGGCGCCUGCUCUUCCUCAGCUUCUCCCCGCUCCUCCACAGCCUCGCGCAGUCCCCGAGGGUCAGGCUGGGCGGGUCGCUAUCUCUCCGACGCCGCUAACCGAAAAAGCCUGUUCCCUUGGCCACGCCGCCAGGUGAAGGAAAGCUGCGUGUAAGGCUGUGUAUGAGCACGUUCACACACACACACACACACACACACACACACACACACACACACACACACACACACACACACACACACACACACACAUGACCAACAACCAUUUCCAUAUUUGUGUAUCGAUGGGAAAAUUAAUAUGUAUGGAUGUA